UUGAUGUCUCUGUACAUUUAUCUUCAUCUUUGUCUCUUUUUCUCUUUGACAGAAUCCCAAGGACUGCAGCAAAGCCAAGAAGCUAGUAUGUAACAUCAACAAAGGCUGUGGCUAUGGGUGUCAACUCCAUCAUGUGGUAUACUGUUUCAUGAUUGCAUAUGGCACCCAGCGAACACUCAUCUUGGAAUCUCAGAAUUGGCGCUAUGCCAAUGAUGGUUGGGAGACUGUGUUUAGACCUGUAAGUGAGACAUGCACAGACAGAUCUGGCAUCUCUACUGGACACUGGUCAGGUGAAGUAAAGGACAAAAAUGUUCAAGUGGUCGAGCUCCCUAUUGUAGACAGUCUUCAUCCUCGUCCUCCUUAUUUACCCUUGGCUGUACCAGAAGACCUCGCUGAUCGACUCUUAAGAGUCCAUGGUGAUCCUGCAGUGUGGUGGGUGUCUCAGUUUGUCAAAUACUUGAUACGCCCACAACCUUGGCUGGAAAAGGAAAUAGAAGAGGCCACUAAGAAGCUUGGCUUCAAACAUCCAGUUAUUGGAGUCCAUGUCAGACGCACAGACAAAGUGGGAACAGAAGCAGCCUUCCAUCCCAUUGAGGAGUACAUGGUACACGUUGAAGAACAUUUCCAGCUUCUUGCUCGCAGAAUGCAAGUGGAUAAGAAAAGAGUAUAUUUGGCCACCGACGACCCUUCUUUAUUAAAGGAGGCAAAAGCAAAAUACCCCAAUUAUGAAUUUAUUAGUGAUAACUCUAUCUCCUGGUCAGCUGGACUACACAAUCGAUACACAGAAAAUUCACUUCGGGGUGUGAUUCUGGAUAUACAUUUUCUCUCCCAGGCAGACUUCCUAGUGUGUACUUUUUCAUCCCAGGUCUGUCGAGUUGCUUACGAAAUCAUGCAAACACUGCAUCCUGAUGCUUCUGCAAACUUCCACUCUUUAGAUGACAUCUACUAUUUUGGAGGCCAAAACGCCCACAACCAGAUUGCUAUUUAUCCUCACCAACCUCGAACUGAAGAUGAAAUCCCCAUGGAACCUGGAGAUAUCAUUGGUGUGGCUGGAAAUCACUGGGAUGGUUAUUCUAAAGGUGUCAACAGAAAACUGGGAAAAACAGGACUAUAUCCCUCCUACAAAGUCCGAGAGAAGAUAGAAACAGUCAAGUACCCCACGUAUCCUGAGGCUGAAAAGUAAAGCUUAGGUAUUAAGAGAUGGACGAUAAAACUCAGCUGGAAUAAUUUCAGCCAACCAGUAGAUGAAGAAGGCCCAGACCUUUUCCCAUUGUUAAAUGAUAGAUACCCUCGGCACCAAGAGCAACUGGGAACUCUCAGAUGUUUCAUUGGUGGAAUUUCUCUUUACCAAGGGUAUAAUGUCCUCAAGCCCAUGCACAGUACAAUAAUGUACUCACAUACAACAUGCAAAUGGAUUAUUUUCUACUUUGCCCCUUCUUUAAAUAUGUCCCCAUGAAACAAACACUGCCACAUUAUAUAAUUUAAGUGACACAUUUUAUGUGAGACUUCAAACAUGGUGCCUAUACCUGAGAGACCUAUGUGACUUAUUGAGAAGACGUGAACAGCUCCCUGUGGGGAAGAUGAUUCUUAGCCAGUGGUGGUGGUAACCACCAAAUUCACUCCAGUCAACGAUUCAGAAUAUGAAUGGAUGAUUUUUCCUUUAUAAGGUUGUCUGGAUUUUUUUUUUAAGUAAUUGCAUCAGUUCAAUUCAUCCACCUCAUUAAUAAGUAAAAGAUAACAUCAGAAAAUAAAAUGUUCACUCUUCAUUAGGAACUUUUGUAAAACAAUGCCAUGAACAAAUUCUUUAGUACUUAAAAUGUUUCUGGACAUUCUCUUUGAUAACAAAAAAUAAAUUU